AUGCCGCCCCGCCAACCAUCAACAGCCGGCAUCUCGACAACCACCACCAUUGCGCUCCUCCUCGUCCUCUUCGUCGCCCUGUUCCCGGACCUCUUCCACCUCGUCUGGACACUGCCGCUCAGCCUCGUGAGCCGCGCCGCGACGACGCUCCGUUCCUCAUCCAGGCCCGCGCCACCUACCCUCACCACUACCACCACCACCAUCAUGUCGUCGUCGUCGUCGUCGUCGUGGACGCAGAAGCAGUUCACGCUCCAGCCCAGGUCCCGCGGCUCCUACCUCAUCACGGACCAGGUCGCGGCCGCCGUGCCUGAGAUUCGCAACUACAAGGUCGGGCUGCUGAACCUCUUUGUGCAACACACGAGCUGCGCACUGAGCCUCAACGAAAACUGGGAUGAGGACGUCAGGGAAGACAUGAGCGACGCCCUCGAUCGCAUUGCCCCCGCCGAAGGGCCCAAGGGUCAGGCGCUGUACCGCCAUGACGCAGAAGGGCCCGACGACAUGCCGGCUCACAUCAAGUCUGCCCUGAUCGGGGCCAGCGUCACCAUUCCCAUCAAAGACGGCAAGCUGGCAACGGGAACUUGGCAAGGGAUCUGGUACCUCGAGUUCAGGGCCAGCAAGCAUCAGCGACGCGUCGUGGCCACGAUCCAGGGCGAAAAGAUGUAGACGAACAGGCAGAACAGACGACUUUGUGUUGUUGUAGUUGCGGGGCAGGCUUUGCCACUGAGUAUAAAUCAUUCCAGUAUCCGCUAUUCGUCAUAGCAACACACGAUAUAUAUCCACA